UCACACAGCCACAGAACUGAUAUUUAACAACAAUCAUUUGCUACAGGGACUGACCCCACCCCCUGUGCUCGGCUUUAGCACAGAUCCGCACGGCACGGAUCGCCUCUCUGCCAGCACCGGCCCUCCUCCAGGGCUGCCUGAGCCGGUGUUUGAUUGGAUUAGAGUAUGCUAGCCUUUGCCCUCUAACCCCGCUGAUGUUGGCUGGCUGCUUCCUGCUCCCACUGCUCCCCCUGACCGACUGACGAAGCCUGCAGAAGCCGCACGGAGAGGCGCCCACCUCGGACACAGCCGACCGGGACGAGCCGCUGCUACAAGCACACCGGAGAAGAGCCACGAAACGCUCAGGCACGAGAACGAAAAAACGGGACAGCCAUGCGGAGGAAAUCGAGGAUAUUGUUGUGUUUUGCGGUACUGUGGGUGCUGGGGAUAGCCUACUACUUCUACUCGGGGACAGCGUUGAGUCGAAAGGACGAGUGGAGCUCCAGUGACUCGUCCAGCAAAGGAAAAGCACUCAACUCUGAUGACAAAUCUCACAGCCUUGAAACUCUGCCGCCAGGUAAAGUACGCUGGCAGGAUUUUGACCAGGAUCUGUAUGUGGGAGCCACAGUGGUCCGACCAGGCCAGGAUCCAUACGCCAGGAACAAGUUCAACCAGGUGGAGAGCGACAAACUGCGUAUGGACAGAGCUGUGCCUGACACAAGACACGACCAUUGUAGACAUAAACAGUGGAAGACUGAGCUACCGGCCUCCAGCGUCGUUAUCACCUUUCACAAUGAGGCUCGCUCGGCUCUGCUGAGGACUGUGGUCAGUGUCCUGAAGAAAAGUCCUUCUCACCUGGUCAAAGAGAUCAUUCUAGUGGAUGACUACAGCGAUAACCCUGAGGAUGGAGCGCUGCUGGGAAAGAUUGAAAAAGUACGCGUGUUGAGAAACGACCGCAGAGAAGGACUGAUGCGCUCAAGGGUUCGAGGUGCAGAUGCCGCUACAGCACCGGUUCUUACCUUUCUGGAUUCUCACUGUGAAUGUAAUGACCACUGGCUGGAGCCUCUACUGGAGAGAGUGGCAGAGGACAAAACUCGAGUAGUUUCCCCUAUCAUUGAUGUCAUCAACAUGGACAACUUCCAGUACGUUGGAGCCUCGGCAGAUCUGAAAGGAGGUUUUGACUGGAAUUUGGUGUUUAAAUGGGACUACAUGACCUUGGACCAAAGACGAGCCAGACAAGGCAAUCCCAUCGCCCCCAUAAAGACUCCUAUGAUCGCUGGAGGUCUGUUCGUCAUGGAUAAGGAGUACUUUGAGCAGCUGGGGAAAUAUGACAUGAUGAUGGAUGUGUGGGGAGGAGAGAACCUGGAGAUCUCAUUUCGUGUGUGGCAAUGUGGUGGUAGUCUAGAGAUCAUCCCCUGCAGCAGAGUUGGCCACGUCUUCAGAAAACAGCAUCCCUAUACCUUCCCCGGGGGCAGCGGGACAGUGUUUGCAAGGAACACGAGAAGAGCAGCAGAGGUUUGGAUGGACGAGUUUAAAAACUUCUACUAUGCUGCUGUCCCCUCUGCGAGAAAUGUCCCCUAUGGAAACAUCCAGAGCCGUUUAGAGAUGAAGAAGAGAUUAGGCUGCCAUCCUUUCAAAUGGUACCUGGAGAACGUCUACCCUGAACUGCGAGUCCCAGAUCAUCAGGACAUAGCGUUUGGAGCCCUGCAGCAGGGAGGAAACUGUCUAGACACCCUGGGGCAUUUUGCUGAUGGGGUGGUUGGUGUCUAUGAAUGCCAUAACGCUGGAGGAAACCAGGUAGCGUUACCACGACGACACACACAGGAGUGGGCCCUGACUAAGGAUAAGUCGGUCAAACACAUGGACUUGUGUCUGACAGUGGUGGAUAGAACGGCCGGCUCUCUCAUCAAGCUACAAGGCUGUCGAGAGAAUGACAGCAGACAGAAAUGGGAGCAGAUCGAGUCAAACUCGAAACUUCGUCACGUGGGCAGUAACCUCUGUCUGGACAGCCGCAGUGCCAGGAUGGGCGGACUCACCGUGGAGGUCUGCAGCCCGAGCCUCAACCAGCAGUGGAAGUUCACCCUCAAUUUACAAUCAUAGGGAGCGCUAAAGACCCUCAAAUAUUCUGUCAUGGUAUAGAGACACUAACAGACUCUGCGACAUAGAUGAAAAGAUGGAAUUGAACUCGAGGAGAAAGACAAAUGGAUGGAUUAACAGAUGCCUCUCGUCCUCCUCCUCCUCAGAGGUGCAGCCAGUCAUGUCUAUACACCUCUCCCCCAGCUCAACCCUCCCAAAAACAGAGCCUCACCCACUGGGGGAGGGGAAUGUAGACAGUAGAGGAGUCAACAGGAAACUGUGUUUGGUGGAUGGUUGAUGACACUGACAUCAUGGUGAGGAGAAAACUAAUGAAGGGGCUUUCCAUCCAAACAACAUACCUCAGUGUUUUUUCAUUGAUGGCUCCAGCAACUAAUGACGAGUGAAUUCUUAGUUUUCUUUUAAUUUCUUUCAUGCUGGUGAUAAGGAACUCAGUGAUGUUUUGACUAUGUAAUUAUUUUAUUUUCCUAUUCAUAUUUUUUAUUUCUCACUGUUCGUCUCCACAGAGAUUAGCAGGAGCUUUUUUUGAUUUAUUCUCUGAAAAAAUCAGAUGUUGGUAUUGGUGCUCUCUCUUUGUUGUUACCACAUCCAGCUGGAGCCUGUUACAGCAGGCGGAGGACUCUGGUUGUGGUUUUGGAGGCAGAGCGAUGUGAAAAGAGGAAUUGGACUUGGUUCUUCGAGCUUUUUCCUCCAGUUUACUCUUUUGGUUUACAGGAUCAACAGUGAAAAAGAGGUGAAGUGUAGAAUUGAAUGCUGUGUGUUAUAAUUUGGGUUGUGUGUGUUAUGGAGGGGAGUGGGCUUCAAUGCCGUGGAUAGGGGCCUGAAGCCAGAUUGGGCUGGGAGGUGUGUCGAAGCCCCUCUUCCUCAGGUUUGUCUUCAGGCUGUAGCACUGGCUGCUGCAGCAUCUUCACUUCUUUUACACCUUAAAAAGAAUCUCCUAUCAAUUUUAUUUUAUUUGCUUUUUUUUAUAAAAAUGGAACCAAACUUCAAGUGGAUGUUUUCUGUUUAAGGAACUCAGAGGAGCAAUUAAAGAGUUUCUCUUCACAUACUCUAACUGCGCUCUAGCAGCUCUCUGUGGAGCGGAUCGGUUUCUUCUUUUGCCGACAGAUUGCUCCCUCUGCCUGCGACUUUGUCAGAAAUGUAGGAAGGUUACUAUCUUAUAAUCUCUCCUGAACUGGAUUUUACAUCGCAGCUUUUUCUCUGAGCCAACAGGUGUUUGCUCUGCAACAGGAAGAUACUUAGCGGAUAAGCCAGCAGAGUCAUGAUUUAGAUUUUGUGUCCUUACUCUCAUCAAACCCCUCCCUGCUCUUGCAUGAUAAAAGACGAAAACACAAGUGCUUGCGUGUGGCUUACAACAUUUUGCACUUGACAUCAGAUCCCUUCUUUCUUUGACAACACAAAACAUUGUUUACUGCCACCAGGGAACAACUGCAAGAAGAAAAGGUGUCGUGGCUGCAGUCAAACAGCACCAACUGUGCAUGCUCACAUGUCCUGAGAAGCUGCAUGUGUCACCAACCUACUCAGUCACUUGUUUUCCAUCAACAUAUUUUGUUUUCUGCUUCGAUGAGCCAUCUGUUCAGGAGUUUGAAGCUGCGAUAAACAAGGUUUUACUGUUUGUCUUCAUUCUGCAGGAGAUGAGCGGAUUUUUUGAUGGCACACGCAGGCAGACUUGCUGGCUCGGUUUUUGCUGAUGAGAAAUGCAAAUUGGAACUCAUCUCAUUUAUUCUGGAGAGCUGCUUCAGUCUGUAGAGCAGUAUUUCAGUGUCACCAAACAGGAUUAUGCCACUUUUGUUACCUGAUUUAUGUUACUGAUGCCAUUUUGCAGUACAUGAUUCUGAUGCCUGUGCUCUGGUUCAUCUUAAACUGCUCCAGCCCUUGGUUUAUUAGUCAUUGAUGAGUUAUGAUGAUACAGUUUGGAAGGAAUUGGUUUUGAUUGAAUUCAGCGUGAUUCAUCACCUGGCAGCUUCAAGGCAACAACACAGAACAUCUUUGAAUGCAAACAAUACAGCAGCAAUGACCUAUAAAAGAAUCACGUGUUGGUUUAUUCUUAAAAGAAGCCUCAAGUGUUCUUUAUGUCAAAUAUCUUCUUUUAUACUCAGCAUUUCUCUCACACGCACAUCCAUAGGCUCUUUUUUUUAUUCCUGGUUACCAAAAUUGACAAAGACAGCUGGCUGUGUUUCCUGUGUUGUCUGAUUCUUCCUUUGUUCCUUCGCUUUGUUUAUUUUCUUCCAUUUUGUUCCUGGUCCUUGAUGUUUGCCUUGUCUUAAACCUUCAUGGUAACUGUUAGCAGAGUGAGAGGAGAAGGUCAGCUGAAACCGCAGCUGCUUGGAAAAAGCCUAUCCUGUGACUUGACAGGCUGCUGCAUUGUGCUGCUAGGCUGCAGGACCUGCACGGGGGUGUGAGGAGAAACACAAGGGGCUCGCUGAGAUGAGAGUAAAGUAUUGUGUUGCCAUGGUGACCAGACUCUAGGGUCCAAAUUUGAUUUAGAGAUCCAGUUAGACUACAUGCUAAUCAGAGGGUGGAUUUACUGAUAGAUACUGAAAAGGGAGAGAAGAAACCUUUUCAGUUGUCCCAAGAAUUUUAGAAAUCAAAAAUUGUUUUGCUGAAGAGCUGAUUUAACUAAAUGAUUUUCUAAAUGUCUCUUUGUUUCUUUGACUUGAUUUUUGUUGUAAUUCAUAACUGGGUUCUAAAGUUGGAGAUUUUCCGUAACACUUUAUUUGUAGAGGUAUGCAUAAGACUGACAUGUCACUGUUAUGAUCAUGACAUGACACCUGUCAUUAACACCUAAAUAAGGCUUUAUGUUUAUAAAUGUUGUCAUUAAGCAUCAUUCAGUUAGUUAUGUCACCUUAAAUGCAAAGUUGACAGUGUUCCUUUUUUGCUUCUUUGUGCAGUAAAGUAAUAAUCUUGAAAAGCAGAUGGUUAAGCCAGACUUCAUCUCUGUCAUCAGACAAAUCCAUCUUGAAAAGCUCUAAUCCACAACAUUUGUGCCGACCAAUCAGUGUCAUUUGAGGAGAAUGAGGCAUGAGGUAGCGAUAGGCGGUGAUUAAUUGUACUUAAAGUCAACAGCAAUGGCUACCAGUAGUGCGGUGAUUAGCUUGGACUUAGCUAUGGUAUAGUGGCAGUUUUACCAGGACCACAUUUUUAUAUGAGAUAGGAUUUAAAGCUUAUCAUGAUGGAAAAAAUGUUUUUUGCUCUUCUGCCAGCUGCUUCUGCAUGGGUAUGCGACCGUUAGGGGUGGGGUUGGCCGGUGUAUCCAGUGGCUUCUGCUGCACUAAGUAUUAGCUUGGAUGUAGCUGUAGAAAAGUGGCAGUUUAAUUGGAACUGGACCACUUUUUUGACGGAUUGUCUCCAAUGAAAGCCAGCUGCCCAGGUGGCAUCUAUGUGUUGAUAUCUAUGAGUAGUAGCCUGUCAGCUCACAAGAGACACAUGCGUAUGACCUCAUUUUCUCUUGUUUCUCUGACUGGUCCAUCAUGAAUGUGACAGAACUUCCCUCCAAAUCACCUUACGAUAUUUUUUUGAAAAGUCCUGCUCUUAUGGAACACUUUCAAUGGAAACUUUCCCAGAUGAAUGUGAAAUAAAUCCAUGCAAUGGAUAUAUCAAACAGUCUAUCUGGCAUGUCAGGUUGGUAAAGUAAGGUUGUAGUCAGCUGUCUAAGCCUAGCUCCAGGUUUUACUUAUGUGGCUUUCCAGGAAAGAAAAUAGCUGCAGGGCAACCAGACAGAGUACAAGGUACACUGAAAACUUCCACUGUUGAUUGGGGCGUCCACUGGUGUAGUGGUGUGUGUAGAAGAGGGUAUGCAUUAAAAAUGACAUAAUUGACCAACACACACUUGGUGACAAUAUUUAUAAAUGUUCAUAAAGCCUCCUUUAUAUGAAUGGCAGGUGUUAUGUCUUUUUUAUAACAGUCAUGUUAAUCCUAUGCCCUUCAAAUAAAAUGUUACUGAGAUUUCCUCAGAUGAGCUUGCUGCAGGUACGAUCAUUUUUAAAUUAUAUAUGUUAAAAGUGUUUCAGGUCUUGAUAUGAAAAAUAGAGUAGAUUUGCAAAUGUUGUAGCCUCCCUUUUUGUUUAUUUCUGCAGUUCUUCAGUAUUAUGAACAUCUGAUUCUGAUCUUUAGUUGUUUUGAGUGGCCUGUAGCACCCUCUGAUGUCACACCACUGAUGAAAAGAAAAAGGGAAAGGACUCGAGGUAAAAAUCUUCUGAUGCACAAUGCAGUAGCAGAGAGGUUCGGAUUAUUUUCUUAAUCACGCUUUUCUUUGUCCUUUGUUUUGUUUGUUUAACCUACACAAAUAUCAGAAACUGAAACUGCACACACCUGAGUGACCAUGGCAACAGUUUCUGCUACAGCGGUGCAGACGUGUUGUUCAAAGCCUUUUUUUUUCUUUUAAACUAGUCUUAAUUUUUGUGCAGAUGAAAAGAUUUUUAUUUUAUUUUUUAUUGUUUUUAUUGCAUACACAGAUGAAAAUGACUGUAUUAAUUUAGUAGUCCAGCGCCUCGCUUUGAUUGGAUGAUUAAAUGUUUACAUCUUUAGCACACUGUGCCAAAGUUCCUUCCUAUUUUCUCUGUAUGAGGAAGAAAAUGACGAAGAAUGAGAGGAGUAAAAGUCGCAGGGAACUCAUUAAGUGUUGCCUCCAGUAAGUUUUCUGUCAUUCUUUCUAGGCUCAUUUUGACCUGCAGGGUUACAGAGAGGAGGGCAGAACUUCACUACUGAUCUGGUGUUGAGGGGUAAAACUUUGGCUUUGAAAUAUCUUAAUGCAAUCAUUAUAGAGAAGAAGAAUGACAUCUUUAUUUCCUUUAAACGGGGCCGUAUGACUGAAUACCAGCCAAUGAGCAAGACUAUUCUCCCCUCUGAGCCUGCAGGACUUCAUCCAUACUUCCUGUGAGUUGGAGGGCAACAAUUAACGGAUAACCCAAUGGGGUUUUUAAUCUGAGAGAAUGAGUGAAGGUUAGGUUUUCUGCUCUCUCAGUUAUGUCAUGUUUCAUGCUAACUAGAGGGAUGUCUUUUCCCUUCGGCCCACCUCAAAUCCCCUCGAAGGAUUAAGAGAACAGCCCUCUCUCAUACCGUGAGAGGCCCUGUGGAGACAUCCAGCUCAGGACUGCUUAAGCUUCACCAUCUUUUACUUCGAGUGGCAGCAGCAGUGUUUGAGCCAGGGCAUAAGAGGGGCUUAACAUGCACAUAAGACACUAUACUGUACAAGUGUCAUCAAGUAGUAAAGACUGAUCAAAACAAAUGGUAAUCAGUAUGAAUUAAUGAGGUAAUUAUGUGUUUUCUAACAGGAAUGUGACUUAACUGAAUGACAGUGUUGGGUGUAAUGGCAUGAGGGGGUCACACAUGUAAAAGUGUAUAUUUUUGUAUAUACCUACAUCAGUGUGUGUACAGUAUGUACAUAUAUACACAGUGUACUCAGCCGCGGUUCCUAGUUUUGUUGUCUGACUGUACAGCGCUUCUAACUGUUCCCUGUUUUAUAGAUACUGCAGAAAAUUCAACUUUGAAUGAGGAGAAAUGAUUAAC